GGGGCGCGGGCCGGCUCCGCGGCGGGGCCUGCUGCGUGCGCGCGGACGCCGAGGCCCGAGAUGGCGGCGCCCGGGCUGCAGCUGUGCGCGGUAGCUGCGCUGCUCCCACUGUUGCUCCUGUGCCUGCCGCUACGCGCCCGCGCCGACGAGCACGAGCACACGUACCAAGAUAAAGAGGAAGUUGUUUUAUGGAUGAAUACAGUAGGACCCUACCAUAAUCGCCAAGAAACAUACAAAUACUUCUCCCUUCCUUUCUGUGUGGGAUCAAAAAAAAGUAUCAGCCAUUACCACGAAACCUUAGGAGAAGCACUGCAAGGAGUUGAAUUGGAGUUUAGUGGUCUUGACAUCAAAUUUAAAGAGGAUGUAAUGCAGACUACUUACUGUGAAAUUGACUUGGACAAAGGAAGAAGAGAUGCAUUUGUGUAUGCUAUCAAAAAUCACUAUUGGUACCAGAUGUAUAUUGAUGACUUGCCAAUAUGGGGUAUUGUGGGAGAAGCAGAUGAAAAUGGAGAAGAUUAUUAUCUUUGGACUUACAAAAAACUUGAAAUUGGUUACAAUGGAAAUAGAAUUGUAGAUGUCAACCUGACUAGUGAAGGAAAGGUGAAAUUGGUACCAAACACAAAAAUCCAGAUGUCAUAUUCAGUGAAAUGGAAGAAAUCAGAUGUGAAGUUUGAAGACCGAUUUGACAAGUAUCUGGACCCCUCAUUCUUUCAGCAUAGAAUUCACUGGUUUUCAAUUUUCAAUUCUUUUAUGAUGGUGAUAUUUCUGGUUGGCCUAGUGUCUAUGAUAUUAAUGAGAACUUUGCGAAAAGAUUAUGCAAGAUACAGCAAGGAGGAAGAAAUGGAUGAUAUGGACAGAGAUCUAGGUGAUGAGUAUGGGUGGAAGCAGGUCCAUGGAGAUGUGUUUAGACCAUCCAGUCAUCCUCUAAUAUUUUCCUCACUUAUUGGUUCUGGUUGUCAAAUUUUUGCAGUGUCUCUUAUAGUCAUUGUUGUUGCAAUGAUAGAGGAUUUAUACACAGAGAGAGGAUCAAUGCUUAGUACAGCUAUAUUUGUUUAUGCUGCAACGUCGCCAGUGAAUGGAUAUUUUGGAGGAAGCCUUUAUGCUAGACAAGGAGGAAGGCGAUGGAUAAAGCAGAUGUUCAUUGGAGCCUUCCUUAUUCCAGCAAUGGUGUGUGGAACUGCCUUCUUCAUUAACUUCAUUGCUAUCUAUUAUCAUGCUUCAAGAGCUAUACCCUUUGGAACUAUGGUGGCAGUGUGCUGUAUUUGUUUCUUUGUCAUUCUUCCAUUGAAUCUCGUUGGUACGAUUCUUGGCCGAAAUCUGUCAGGACAGCCUAAUUUUCCAUGUCGUGUCAAUGCAGUGCCUCGUCCUAUACCAGAGAAAAAAUGGUUCAUGGAACCAGCUGUUAUUGUUUGCCUAGGUGGAAUCCUUCCUUUCGGAUCAAUUUUUAUUGAAAUGUAUUUCAUUUUUACUUCGUUCUGGGCUUAUAAGAUCUACUAUGUUUAUGGCUUUAUGAUGUUGGUUCUGGUUAUCCUCUGCAUUGUGACAGUAUGUGUGACUAUCGUUUGUACGUAUUUCCUGCUAAAUGCAGAGGAUUAUAGGUGGCAAUGGACAAGCUUUCUUUCUGCGGCAUCAACUGCAAUUUAUGUUUACAUGUACUCCUUCUACUACUACUUUUUCAAGACAAAGAUGUAUGGCUUGUUUCAAACAUCAUUUUACUUUGGUUAUAUGGCAGUAUUUAGCACAGCUUUGGGAAUCAUGUGUGGAGCUAUUGGUUACAUGGGAACAAGUGCCUUUGUUCGUAAAAUCUACACUAAUGUGAAAAUUGACUAAGGAAAUAAGAAAAUUGAACUAUGGAUCACCUCCUGUUUUCAUGGGGAUGAACUUGCACAAGAAAAAGAGCAAGAAGAGAUUUGGGUUUUAACACUGGGCACUAUAUGGGUCUCCAUUUUGUGGAUGGCUUAAAGUAACAUCUAUUUCAUUGAUCCUAGGUUCUUACUGACUGCUUUCUCCAACUGUUCACAGCAAAUGCUUGGAUUAUAUGCAGUAGGCAUUACUACAGUACGUGGCUAAUCUUCCCAAAAACAAAAAACAAAACAAAAAACCUAGCUCAUUAAAAAUGAAUAGACUAGCUCUCUUCAGUGAAGAGGACAAACGGUUUAUUUAAAGCAUUUGUUCCAUUCAAUAAAAAGAGGGAAACUUGGCUGCUAAAACUACUUGAUUAGUAGUCUUCCUGGUACUUAACAUUUCUAAAUUAUGUAAAAAUGCCGUUCCAGAAAGAUUACUCUUCUGAUUUUUACUGCCAUUGCCAGGAUAGGAGGUAUGUUUUAUAUUUUGACUCCAGGUGCUUUUUGGUUUAUUUGCGGUAUCAACUAUACCCUACAGUCAUUUGUUUAAAAAAUAAUUUAAAACUAUAUAAAAACCCAUAUGCAUGUAGUAUAUCAGCUGUUGUUCUAGUUGGACCAACUUCAAUUUAUUUAUCUUUAAAGUAAUAUCCAGCUACAUCUUAAAUCCAUCCAAAGAAAAUACAGUUUGAAGAUGGGACGUGUUCUCUGCAAUGCAAUUUACUGUACAGUUAGAAAGCAAAAUGUUAAAUGAAGAGAAUUGUUUGUUUUAUAAUAAACAAUUUGAGGUCUAGAUUAAAACAAACCCAGCAUUUUAACAGAAUGUCAAAAGUGAUUCUCCUUUUUUUCCAAGUUAGUCUUGCCUUUUUUUUUUUUUGGGGUUUGAAUGAUUUUCCUUUAGGCAUUAUAGAAGGGGUAAUAAGUGUAUAUAACAUUAAAUAAUGUAACUUAGGUGUAGAUCCCAAAUGUAUUUGGAUGUACAGAUUUACUACAGAGUACUUUUCUGAUGAUUCGGUGUAAAAAUGUGUGAAUUUGGGUGGCUUUUUACAUCUUGCCUGCCAUUGCAUGAAAAGUUGGGGUUUCUUCACAUUGUGUGUAUGUCAUGCUUUUCUGUUCUAUUUCCUUUCUCAAGCUCUUACAGGAAUUAAAUUUGUAAUUUAGAACAUUUUAAUUUUUGUUAAUUUUAUCUGGACACUUGUGUAACAUCAAAAGCACAGUCGCUUUAGAGUGUUCAGAGAACUAAAAUAAACUUUUCAGACAAAAAUGUUCUGAUUGUGAAAAUAGAUGAGUUUGCAAUUGAAAAUGUAUGUAAAGGCGAUACUGCUGACCGCCAGUUUCUGUAUACAACAUUAGUGGGGUUUUCAAAUAUCAAAACCCCAUGCUUUGAAUUCAGAAUUUGCUUACAACUGUGUUGUACAGUAGAGCUCCAAAGUGGAUGACCAGCCCAAAAAGAUUCUUCUUGGCUAAAUUAUUUGUGGAGAAAUCUGUUUUGUAAUCCAGGUAGUGUACUGAGAAAAGUAGGGGUAAGUGUGGGCUGAAAUAAAUGGGCAAAUAAAGGUUAAGUCUUUUUAAGGUAA